GGUGCUCCAUUCGAUGUAAUUUUUACUCCGUAGAAAAUAGCGAAAAGUUCGUGAUUUUUUGUUUUUUACGUGUUCCUCCAACGGGAAGAGCUACGGUCAUUCGAAAAAAAAAGCUGGCAGCUCGGGCAAGACGGACACAUUAAGGUAAGGAAAGACGGAUUUAACAAAACUUUUUGGUUUUACUAUAAAGAUGCCUACAAAUUACAAGCGCAAGAGUAACCGGCAGUCAUGGACCGCUCAGCAGUUAGAACAAGCCAUUAAGGCUGUAAAAAGUGGAUCGCCGGUGAAGACAGCAGCAAGAACUUACGCAAUUCCAAGAUCCACACUGAUUCGCCACCUAACAAGUCCAACUGUAUCAACUCGGCUAGGACCUCUUGAUUCCGUAUUCAAUUCUCAACAAGAAGAGGAGCUGGUACAACAUCUGUUGGAUUUGGAAAAGAGGUUCUAUGGAAUAACGAUGAGUAAUGUUCGAACGCUUGCUUUUGAUCUGGCCGAAAAAAAUGGGUUGCCACACCCGUUCAACAAGUCUACCAAGAUGGCUGGAAAAGCUUGGCUAAGCAAUUUUCUGACACGAAAUCCCAAAUUGUCGUUCCGUAAACCUGAAGCUACCUCUGCCGCCCGAGCCAGAGGCUUCAAUAAGCCGGCAGUAUCUGCGUUUUACGAUUUGCUGGAAGAAGCGCUGAAAGAUCCCAAAUUGACGCCAGAUCGUGUUUUGAACGCCGAUGAGACUAGUGUUUGUACCGUUCCUCCGAAGAAGUCUAAGGUAGCGGCAUUGAAAGGAAAAAAACAGGUUGGUGGUAUUACAUCUGCGGAACGUGGAGAAACAGCUACGGCAGUAAUGUGCAUGUCCGCAACCGGACAGCACCUUUCGCCGUUCUUCAUUUUUCUACGCAUGCGGAUGCACGAAGCUUUGAAGAAAGGGGCAUCACGUGGAAGCAAAUUUGCCUGUAAUGCAUCGUGUUACAUGAUGGUCGAAAUAUUCAAUGAGUGGUUCGAUCACUUUUUGGAGCCAGUCCUGACAGUCCUGCCUUGCUCAUAAUUGAUGGCCACUCGUCGCACACGAAGAACCUAGCUUUUACCGAGAAAGCUAGAGCUAACUUUGUUAAGGUUCUAGUUUUACCACCUCACACUAGCAACAAACUUCAACCGCUUGAUGUAUCCUUUAUGGCACCUUUCAAGACGUACUACGCACAGGAAGUAGAGUGUUUCCUACAACAGAAUCCAGGUAAAGUCGUCAGCCAAUAUGACGUUGCCGAGCUCAUGAAACCUGCAUUCAUCAAGGCGGCUACUACGGAAAUUGCUGAGAAUGGGUUCGAAAAAACAGGAAUUUGGCCAUUUGAUCGCAAUAUUUUUUCCGAUGAUGACUUUGCCCCGGCCACGGUGACUGAUCAACCCGAUCCUGAGAUUCUUCGUGAAGAAGAGAUGUUUCAAUUGCAUCUUGAAGGUGCGCCUAGUCAAUCGACCGUAAAUCGCAUUUCCUGUGAGGAUAAAGAAGUUCAAGUGCUUCCCGAAGACAUCAUGGCUGAUUUCGCAGAACCGGACAGCAUCUCAACGGCCAAUAACCCGGUGUUUGAAAUAUCUCUGUCGAUCAUACUUCCGUUACCGAAAAUGGUCACCCCGAGAGUCACGAAGAGAAAACGCCAAGCAGAAAAGGCAGCUGACAUAACGUCUGCUCAAUACGCUGACACUUUGAAGAAGGUGACAGAAUCGAAAGACAUUAAAUCCAUAAAAAAAAACAAAAACAACGCUCUUCGAAGAAGCCUAAGCAAAAUAAGGGCAAAGGGGACACCUCGUCUGAUAAUCUAUGCGAGAAAUGCGGAAGCCAGUUUUCUGAUUCAGAUUACGGGACAGGUUGGACAAUAUGCUUACAAUGCCUUUCAUGGUUCCACGCUGAAUGCUUUACUUCUGCUGCAACUAUUUGUCAGAACUGCUCUUGAUUUUUCUUUUUUCUUGUUUUUUUUGUUCCCACCGAAAAUUGAAUUAAUUCCAACCAUCGAUGAAUUGUUUUUAAUGCUUUAUAAAUAAACUUUCGUUUUGAAAUA